AGGCUUCAAAACACCCCAUCCAACACGCAACCUCACAGUUUACUCCAGGAGAGGAGGAGGAAACGUCCAGAGCUGAAUCUGAAGGUAGAAGCAACAUCUAAAAAGGGACCUCAUCUGCAAUGUCAGGACACACACAGCUGUGGCUGCUCAUAGCAGUGGCUUGGCUAUGUGUUCUCAACAAAGAAGCUUGUGCAAGUUCAAUCGCUCUGCAUGACUUGAGGUCAAACACAGCUCUAACUGGUAAUGGAACAGCAGCUCCUCUCAGCAUAGAUUCCAGGGCCAACAACCACCAUCCAGUGUGCAGAAUCAACUGUGACUUUGAGAACAACUUCUGCACCUGGAAUCAGUUACUGACCGACGUUUUUGAUUGGACGAGACACAGUGGCUCCACCCCCACAUCAAUGACUGGACCUUCCUUUGACCACACAACUGGAAGCGGUCACUACAUUUACAUUGAGGGGGACAGCGCCACUCAUGGCGAUACAGCACGUCUCCUCAGUGAGGAAUGCGCUGACCAGCAGCCGCAGUGCCUGCAGUUCUGGUACCACAUGUACGGUUCCAGCUGGACCAUGGGCCUGGCCCUCUACCUGCUGCAUGGCAAUGAUGCCCGGGAGGUCUGGAGACUGAGAGAAAGCAAAGGGAACACCUGGCACCGUGCUCUAGUGCCCCUCAUACCCCGGGGCAACUUUCAGGUUAUCUUUGAAGGACGCAGAGGUGCUGAUGCUAGAUCUGAUGUGGCUGUAGAUGACAUCUCUCUACACAGAGGAUCUUGUGAAGAUCUGCUUCCCCCACCUCUGCCAGACAGCAGCCAUCCAGUGUGCAGAAUCAACUGUGAUUUUGAGAAGGAUCUCUGCACCUGGAACCAAUACCUGGCUGAUGUUUUUGAUUGGACGAGACACAGUGGCUCCACCCCCACGCUGUUGACUGGUCCUUCCUCUGACCACACAACUGGAAGUGGUCACUACAUGUACAUUGAGGGGGACAGCGCCACUCAUGGCGAUACAGCACGUCUCCUCAGUGAGGAAUGCACUGAUGUGCAGCCGCAGUGUCUGCAGUUCUGGUACCACAUGUACGGUUCCAGCUGGACCAUGGGCCUGACCGUCUACCUGAUGUACGGCAACCACCCCCAGGAGGUCUGGAGACUCAGAGAAGACAAAGGGAACACCUGGCAUCGCGCUCUGGUUAACCUCAAACCCCAAGGCCACUUCAAGAUAAUCUUUGAAGGACGCAGAGGUGCUGAUGCUAGAUCUGAUAUAGCUGUAGAUGACAUCUCUCUACACAGAGGAACUUGUGAAGAUUUAAUGAACAGCAUUCCUACUCCAUCCAAACCUGAGCAUCCAAUAGUAAGCACCCCAGGUAGCAUCAGAACAACAACUCCACAGCCAUCUAGAGAGACCACAACGGUCAAAUCUCAAAAGACAAGUGCAAGUAUCCCAGCAAACCCCAACACUCCAGCUCCUUCUGCUGCAAUGUGUAGAAUCAACUGUGACUUUGAGAACAACUUCUGCACCUGGAAUCAGUUACUGACCGACGUUUUUGAUUGGACGAGACACAGUGGCUCCACCCCCACAUCAAUGACUGGACCUUCCUUUGACCACACAACCGGAAGCGGUCACUACAUUUACAUUGAGGGGGACAGCGCCACUCAUGGCGAUACAGCACGUCUCCUCAGUGAGGAAUGCGCUGACCAGCAGCCGCAGUGCCUGCAGUUCUGGUACCACAUGUAUGGUUCCAGCUGGACCAUGGGCCUGGCCCUCUACCUGCUGCAUGGCAAUGAUGCCCGGGAGGUCUGGAGACUGAGAGAAAGCAAAGGGAACACCUGGCACCGUGCUCUAGUGCCCCUCAUACCCCGGGGCAACUUUCAGGUUAUCUUUGAAGGACGCAGAGGUGCUGAUGCUAGAUCUGAUGUGGCUGUAGAUGACAUCUCUCUACACAGAGGAACUUGUGAAGAUCUGCUUCCCCCACCUCUGCCAGACAGCAACCAUCCAGUGUGCAGAAUCAACUGUGAUUUUGAGAAGGAUCUCUGCACCUGGAACCAAUACCUGGCUGAUGUUUUUGAUUGGACGAGACACAGUGGCUCCACCCCCACGCUGUUGACUGGUCCUUCCUCUGACCACACAACUGGAAGUGGUCACUACAUGUACAUUGAGGGGGACAGCGCCACUCAUGGCGAUACAGCACGUCUCCUCAGUGAGGAAUGCACUGAUGUGCAGCCGCAGUGUCUGCAGUUCUGGUACCACAUGUACGGUUCCAGCUGGACCAUGGGCCUGACCGUCUACCUGAUGUACGGCAACCACCCCCAGGAGGUCUGGAGACUCAGAGAAGACAAAGGGAACACCUGGCAUCGCGCUCUGGUUAACCUCAAACCCCAAGGCCACUUCAAGAUAAUCUUUGAAGGACGCAGAGGUGCUGAUGCUAGAUCUGAUAUAGCUGUAGAUGACAUCUCUCUACACAGAGGAACUUGUGAAGAUUUAAUGAACAGCAUUCCUACUCCAUCCAAACCUGAGCAUCCAAUAGUAAGCACCCCAGGUAGCAUCAGAACAACAACUCCACAGCCAUCUAGAGAGACCACAACGGUCAAAUCUCAAAAGACAAGUGCAAGUAUCCCAGCAAACCCCAACACUCCAGCUCCUUCUGCUGCAAUGUGUAGAAUCAACUGUGACUUUGAGAACAACUUCUGCACCUGGAAUCAGUUACUGACCGACGUUUUUGAUUGGACGAGACACAGUGGCUCCACCCCCACAUCAAUGACUGGACCUUCCUUUGACCACACAACUGGAAGCGGUCACUACAUUUACAUUGAGGGGGACAGCGCCACUCAUGGCGAUACAGCACGUCUCCUCAGUGAGGAAUGCGCUGACCAGCAGCCGCAGUGCCUGCAGUUCUGGUACCACAUGUAUGGUUCCAGCUGGACCAUGGGCCUGGCCCUCUACCUGCUGCAUGGCAAUGAUGCCCGGGAGGUCUGGAGACUGAGAGAAAGCAAAGGGAACACCUGGCACCGUGCUCUAGUGCCCCUCAUACCCCGGGGCAACUUUCAGGUUAUCUUUGAAGGACGCAGAGGUGAUAAUGCUAGAUCUGAUGUGGCUGUAGAUGACAUCUCUCUACACAGAGGAUCUUGUGAAGAUCUGCUUCCCCCACCUCUGCCAGACAGCAGCCAUCCAGUGUGCAGAAUCAACUGUGAUUUUGAGAAGGAUCUCUGCACCUGGAACCAGUACCUGGCUGAUGUUUUUGAUUGGACGAGACACAGUGGCUCCACCCCCACGCCGUUGACUGGUCCUUCCUCUGACCACACAACUGGAGGUGGUCACUACAUGUACAUUGAGGGGGACAGCGCCACUCAUGGCGAUACAGCACGUCUCCUCAGUGAGGAAUGCGCUGAUGUGCAGCCGCAGUGUCUGCAGUUCUGGUACCACAUGUAUGGUUCCAGCAGGACCAUGGGCCUGACCGUCUACCUGAUGUACGGCAACCACCCCCGGGAGGUCUGGAGACUCAGAGAAGACAAAGGGAACAUCUGGCAUCGCGCUCUGGUCAACCUCACACCCCAAGGCCACUUCAAGAUUAUCUUUGAAGGACGCAGAGGUGAUAAUGUUUGGUCUGACGUGGCUGUGGACGACAUCUCUCUACACAGAGGAACUUGUGAAGAUUUAAUAAACAAUGUGACUGUGUUGCCUACACCGGAGUGGGUGACAGUAGAUAUCCCAGACAGCACCACAACUACAACUACAGCUCCAGAAACCACCACUCCAGAGACCAUUACAAUGGUCACAAUAGAUGAUUGUGUAUCUAAAUUGUGGCCUGAGCAUAACCAAACCACAACUGAGCACGUCCAUGUCCAAACCGCACCUGACCAUGUCCAUGACGAAACCACAACUGAGCACGUCCAUGUCCAAACCACACCUGACCAUGUCCAUGACGAAACCACAACUGAGCAGGUCCAUGUCCAAACCACACCUGACCAUGUCCAUGAUGAAACCACAACUGAGCAGGUCCAUAUCCAAACCACACCUGACCAUGUCCAUGAUGAAACCACAACUGAGCACGUCCAUGUCCAAACCACACCUGACCAUGUCCAUGAUGAAACCACAACUGAGCAGGUCCAUAUCCAAACCACACCUGACCAUGUCCAUGAUGAAACCACAACUGAGCAGGUCCAUAUCCAAACCACACCUGACCAUGUCCAUGACGAAACCACAACUGAGCACGUCCAUGUCCAAACCACACCUGACCAUGUCCAUGAUGAAACCACAACUGAGCACGUCCAUGUCCAAACCACACCUGACCAUGUCCAUGAUGAAACCACAACUGAGCAGGUCCAUAUCCAAACCACACCUGACCAUGUCCAUGAUGAAACCACACCUGAGCACGUCCAUAUCCAAACCACACCUGACCAUGUCCAUGAUGAAACCACAACUGAGCCAUCUACUUCAACAACAGCCGGUCCAGUUCAAACAACAACAGCACCAAAAACCACAAGUCCUGAACCAGAAAAACCAGCACCAACUACAACCACAACAACAACAACAACAACAACAACAUCAGCAGCAACUCCUAAACCAAGUUUCAGUAAGUGCUCCAUUGAUGAUGAUCCUGAGUACAGAACCUUUGACAACUUCAAGCACAAAUUCAAAGGCAAGUACUCGUAUGUGCUGGUCCAGACCUCCAACCUGCCAAACAACGUUCCAGAGGUCUACAUAGAGGGCAUUAACCAGAAAGGACAUAACCAUGAUAGCAGCGAAGAGGAUGAUGACAGCAGUGAAGAGGAUGAUGGUGACGGUCGUCUUCGUGCUCUCAGGAUCCGAGUAUACAACUUUACGGUGGAGUUUAGAGAGGGCAGAAAAGUGAUGGUGAACAGGGUGCUGGCCAGAGCCCCUGUCUUCCCCACCCCAGGAUUAAAGAUUUUGGAGCGUUCUUCUCGUCUUUACCUCCAGACGGACUUCGGCCUCUCAGUAGAGUUCAAAGGCAAAGGCAAAGCAGAAAUCUCGCUGCCUGACACGUAUAAGACAAAGGUCGGCGGACUCUGUGGGAACUACGAUGGCAGGAAAAACAAUGACAUGAUGAAGCCGAAUGGUCAGCAGGCGCAUAACGUGAAAGAGUUUGGAGAAAGCUGGAGAGUCGUGGCGGAGAAAGCUGCAGUCAGACAGAGGCGGUCUUCACUGCUCUACGCUCUCUCAGGCCCACGCCAGUGAAAAGGAAAUGAACAAUUCCAUUUUGUAUUAAACACUUUUUUUAAAUGUUCACUCCAGCUGAAAUGGUCUUUUUUGUCUUGAGUCCUAUAAACCUUGUCUCGUUCAAGCUGUACAACUGUUUAAGAGGGAAAAGUUUGUGACUGUUCUAUUUAUAUGUGUAUCGAUUUCGUGUUUCAGGGUGGGGCACGUCUUUAAAUUAGACAGGUUUCAUUUUUACACAGUUUUAGUUCUGUGCGUUUAAAUCUACACUCUUCAGAUUGUAUGUUUUCUUUUUCAUUUCUUGCAUAAAACCUUAGAAAAACAUUAUUAUAUACACAUUCAACCCUCUUGAUCUCUUGAAUAUGAGUGAGGGGGUCAUAUGUAAAUGUAGUCAUGGUUGUGACCUCAUAGCACUGAAGAAUUUACUAUUACUUUAGGGGAAUUUCCACAUAUCAUUGCCAUCCUCACUCACCACAUAUCAUUGUCUCAUGUGAGCUCAGCAGCUGCCCUUUGCAUCAUGUGAAAAUUUCAUGACGCCCCAUUGGUGUUUCAGGGCAGUCGUGGGCUAUAGGUUAGAAAACCUGUUAGAGAACCUGUUCGAUCUCCAGAGCCAACAGUUUGUGACUGAGGUGCAACCACUCCGGGCAAGUGUGCUUACUGCCCCCUAGUGUGAGCCUUCACUAGUGUGUAUGUGGUGUUUCUCUGGACCGAUGGGUGAAAGUGUGGAGGUGAAAUUUCCCUGUUGUGGGACUUAAUCUAAUCAUGAAUGGAUCAGCAGAAAUGCUCAAGAAUUGUUUGGGGAAAAAUCUCUUCACACAAGUUUACAUUAAAGGUUCUCUCCUGUAAAGUUUCCACUCUGGAGAUACCUGUUUUUCUCAGGACAGUGAAGUAAUGGACUGAAUGAUACACUUGAAUAGCACAUCAGACUCUUAAAAAAAGGAUCCAUUAAAGAAGAAGUACCUUUUUCGUUGUUAUGAUAGGCCUCAGGUGGUUUAACACACUCUACAGCAUCCACUAAUGUGACAUUCUCAUUUUUACUCUAAACAUAAUGGUUUGACCCGCCACUGCCAUUUGUUUAAGUAAGUUGUUAGAUAACUUUGUCAAAUUAGCAUCUACAUGUUUUAUGAAGUUAUUUCAGUGUAAAGUCUACUUCCAGUUUGGGCACCCCGCAUCCAAUUCCGUUUUAUAGAUUUAAAAAUAAGUGAUAAGUAGUAAAAAUAAGUGAACAUGUCUAUAGACAACACACUUCUGCACUUUUUGAUACACAGCUACUGUUUAUUUGCUGAAUUUAACAUAUUGGGGUACAAUAAACAUAAAACGUGGCCUGUGCAAAUGUUAUGUCACGUGAUAUUUUGUGUUUUGUUAAUCUCUUCAAAUUAAAAGAAAUUGUGCACUAAAAGAAUACAAUGUCAUAUUUGUGUUAUAUGUGUGUCCUUUGUUGAGAAUGUGUUUACUUUCACACAGAAAAUCAGUUGGGGAGUGAUCAAACUU